AUGACACAACUUGUCGCGGGGUGGGAGGAGGAAAAAUUACAACAGGGACUGCAGCGGACGGGAUCGGCGUACCUAUCCGGAGUAGAGGACGACAACAGCGGCGACAGCUCCGACGCGCACGAAGGGGCCCCUGAGCAGCCCAGAGGGGCCCCUCGGGCACCUCCAUCUCGUGCUGUAGUUGAUGAGAAGGGCCGUUCGCGUUCCGUCUUUCGUCUUCUCUUCGGCCAGAACGACAACAGCAGGGAAUCCUCUGCUCUCCGUGGAGGAGGGGGGCCCCCUGGGCGCACUGACGGGGAGGGUUCAGUUGUUGGGGGUCCCCGUGGAGGCCCACCUCCCCGUGCUCGUGUAUUGGGCUUGGAUAGACUGUCGCCUGCUGUGUGUCAGCUGCUCUCUGCUGUUGAAACCCUGAAUGCCUGGGAGGCGGCGAGGCAGAAGGCGGUGCUGAGCGGAGGCCAGCGGCCCACCAGCGGCCUGCAGCGGUGGCUGGUGCGGCUGCAUGUUGCUGCAGUGUACGUACAGCGUCUUCCAGCACUGAAAGAGAAACUGCUGACGGAGCUGCAAAAACGAAUUCUCCACAGAGAACAGAAAGACGCGGAGGUGCUUCAGCAAUUGCGGCUGCUGCAGACAGGUACUGCUGCAGCAGGGCAGCAGCAAGACGAUCCCUUACUGUUGCGGCAGCAGGAAGAACUCGCCGACCUGAGUGCAGCAGUUGAUGAAGCAAUCGACGGACUCAGUCAAAAAUUAAGUGAAACUGCUAAGGAGCUAUGCAGCCUGGCGGCUGUCCAUUUGGUGUACUACGAGCUGCAGGGAGAUAUCUUCGGGUGUAUGUACAGUGGAGAGGAAGCAUUCGCGGGGAUGACUUUGUCGCGGCUGCUGCAGGCAUUUCCAAACACAGUGGAGGCGUUCUUUUGUGCAGCUCCUUUAGAGUGGCAAGACGAACUCGCCUCUGCUGUUCUGCGCUGUCUCGUGGAGGCGUGGUGCUUGCUGGUGGUUGAUUGGGGUUAUGGGGGCCACGUCUUCGAGAGCGAUGAAGUCGAGGUGUUGGAGGCGGACCUCCACACGCUCCGGCAGUAUGCAACAGACAACGAGAUCGCCCUCGAGGACGAAGGGGAGGCGUUCGACCGCGUGAAUGACUUCUUGGUGAUGCUCGACGCCGACGGCGGCUGUCUUGCUGCUGCGGAGCAGCUGGCGCGGCAGCAGCAGCAGCAGGAGCUGCAGCAGCUGGAAAUGGGUGGAGACUCUUCUGAUAGAAACAGAAGAAGCGCUGGAGGCCAUCCUGUCCGCCCGUUGCCUGCAGCAGGUGUCGGUGUAUUUACUGAAGCGGCAGCAGACAGCAGAAACAGCACUCCUAGACGCGGGCGGCUGGGUGGGGCCGACGUCCCCGUCUCCGCUGCUGAGCAGAAGACGCGAAGAAGCCGCAGCAAAUCCAAGGGAUGGGGGGGAGUAGGUAGGGUCUGGUGGCGGACCCGGCGCACCGUGCACCCCAAAGAAGAACGGAGAAAAGCUCUUUCCCCUUCGCAUUCGUCAGAGAGCAUAUGUGCCGGUGCUUGA